AUGGAUCUCGCACAGCCGAUAGCCUCCCAAAACACGCAGACUGAAGUCUAUCUAGCCGGAAUUUGGGAUGGCUUGAAGGACCAGAUUAAUCCUUUUCUCCAAAUUCUCUGCAUCAAUGGCAACAUCUACCGGAUGUUGGAUAGUUAUGGGAGACGCUAUGUGGCUAAGAAAUUCAUGGAACAUGCCAAGGAAGCCGUGAUGUUCUGCCGUGAUGGCAAUGGAGAAGACCGACACUAUCUUGGCGCACCACGGUAUUUCAUCGCCAAUGGCGGUGUUGUGCAUUCACCUGAUGGCCUGGAGCCAUUCUGGACCAUGGAUGACGGCUCGACUCGUCUCGAAGCCGCAGUCUGCUCGCCUUCAAUUCCGGCGAAGCCAACCAAGAUUCCGCGGCCUCCCAAUGCGUACAUCUUGUACCGCAAGGAUCGUCACAACAUGGUCAAGGCUGCCAAUCCGGGCAUUACCAAUAAUGAGAUCUCUCAAAUCUUGGGACGAGCUUGGAACCAGGAAUCGAGAGAAGUCCGGCAAAGGUACAAGGAGAUGUCAGAGGAAAUCAAACUUGCCUUGCUCGAGAAGCACCCGGACUAUCAAUACAAGCCGCGCAAAUCCUCCGAGAAACGCCGCCGCGCUCGUCGCCCGCAAGGACAUGCAAUCUUGGUCGACGCCAGCCUUCCACAGCCCUCCCUUGAAACUGGUGCGGUUGAAGAUGAUCACUCCGUGGCUGCAGCAUAG